AUGGCGGACGGAAUCGAUCGAAAUGCGGACGACAAGAUGGAAUUCUCCACCUCCAAGGAGGUCACGGUGGCCCCUACCUUUGAGGCCAUGCACCUGAAAGAAAACCUUCUGCGCGGUAUUUACGCCUACGGAUACGAAUCGCCCUCAGCUGUGCAGUCACGUGCAAUUGUGCAGGUCUGCAAAGGUCGCGACACCAUUGCGCAGGCGCAGUCUGGAACGGGAAAGACCGCGACCUUCUCCAUCUCGAUCCUCCAGGUUAUCGACACAGCAGUGCGCGAGACACAGGCGCUUGUUCUCUCACCCACUCGCGAACUUGCGACCCAGAUCCAAUCGGUCAUCAUGGGUCUAGGCGACUACAUGAACGUGCAGUGCCACGCCUGUAUUGGAGGCACAAACGUUGGCGAGGAUAUCCGCAAGCUCGACUAUGGCCAGCACGUUGUGUCUGGGACACCCGGACGUGUUGCAGAUAUGAUUCGUCGCCGCAACUUGCGCACGCGCAACAUUAAGAUGCUCGUUCUCGAUGAGGCCGACGAGCUCCUCAACCGUGGUUUCCGCGAGCAGAUCUACGACGUAUACCGCUACCUGCCUCCUGCGACACAGGUCGUCGUGGUCUCUGCCACACUCCCUUACGAUGUUUUGGAGAUGACCACCAAGUUCAUGACCGAUCCCGUUCGCAUUCUCGUCAAGCGUGACGAGUUGACUCUGGAAGGCUUGAAGCAGUACUUCAUCGCUAUUGAGAAGGAGGAGUGGAAGUUUGACACCCUAUGCGAUCUUUACGACACACUCACCAUCACACAAGCCGUCAUCUUCUGCAACACACGCCGAAAGGUCGACUGGCUGACAGACAAGAUGCGUGAGGCCAACUUCACAGUCUCGUCAAUGCACGGAGACAUGCCUCAGAGAGAGCGUGACAGUAUUAUGCAGGAUUUCCGUCAGGCAAAUUCACGUGUGCUGAUCUCGACCGAUGUCUGGGCUCGUGGUAUCGACGUUCAGCAGGUGUCUUUGGUCAUCAACUAUGAUCUGCCUUCUAACCGUGAGAACUAUAUACACAGAAUCGGCCGUUCCGGUCGAUUUGGACGCAAGGGUGUCGCCAUCAACUUCGUCACCCAGGACGAUGUCCGCAUUCUCCGCGACAUAGAGUUGUACUACUCUACACAGAUUGAUGAGAUGCCCAUGAACGUUGCCGAUCUUCUGGCUUAA